UGGGAUAUGAGAGUCCUCCGGCGGCGCGUUGCCGCCAUGUCUCCUAGAGAAAAACAUUUAUUGCUUCUCUCUGCUCUAGGCCUAGUUAUUCUCGCUUUUUAUUAUAUUCCCACUUUUCUUUAUGUGACCUUAAUUCUUGCAGUUUGUUGUAUUGUCUGUUAUUAUCAUAGCGGAGAACCGCUUCCCGCCAGGUUAGGCCCGAAUCCUCGGGGUGGGCUAAACGUUCCGGCCGUACUGCGGCGCUGGCUGUGGGGCUGGGAGGCGACCGGCGUCUCGGUACCCGCACGGGGGAGAGCGAAGAGCAGCGGCAACAACAGAGCCGAGCUCCGGGAAUCAGAGGGACACUUAAGUCAAAGACUCGCUGAAAGCGGAGUUUAUCGAAAGGAAUCCUUAUCAAGCGAGUCUUUUCUUUUUAGCCCCCGGGAUUUUCUCAUGGGGAGUUACAUCGGGAAACCGGAGAGCCCAACCGCCGACUCGGGGAGGCGGAGAGCUGUGAGAAAUCCCCGAGAGCAGCUCCGGGAAAAGCUGGCCAGACCCAACCACGCCGUCUAUACUCCAAACAGAAGGCUUUCAUUUGCUGGGGAGACACCGGGAGCAGCGAGCAGGUUCACCAUCACACCCCAGCGCCACUACCCCCUGCAGCAGCCGGGUGUCUCGUCAGUGGGAAUCCUUCCUCCCGUCAAAUGGGACGGUUUCAGAAAGAAAAACAUCCUCAGCCCUCGCAAUUCCCCGGCUGCCCUCAGCCCUGUCACAGUGAAGAUCGCCAGGCCUGACCACAGCUCCCCCAGCAUGGACCAUUUGAGUUAUGCCGUUCUCCCCAGAGCGCCUGCCGAUCCGUGCUCCAGAGAGAGUGUCCUCAAGGUGCUGAAGGAAAGCCGCAAGAGAGAAGUGGACGACGAGGACAGGAGCUUUACAACUGAGCAGAAAAGCAAAAGAAGACGUAAUGACAGCGGUGGAAGUGCACACUCUGCUUUUGAACCCCUUUUGCCCAAUGGCACGCCGUCACAGCUGGUUCCUAAGCCAGGAAGUCUGAAAAGAGGGAUGACCUCACUGACUGAGGAGUCCAUUAUGAAGAGGUCUCGGACAUCCUCAAUCAGCUCUGGCAGUGGAGCUCAUGCUCCAAGAGGAACCCCGGGCACCAGGAGAAAUGCCAUCCAGAGUUCCUACAGCUCUUCAUUGGGUCUCAACCAGUGGAAGAAGCCGUCAGCACCCAGCUCCCCUCUGUCCAGCCCUGGAUCAUCUCGCUGUCAGACUCCAGAGGGCAUCUCAAAAAGACCCAGAGAGGACGACACGCAGUCUCCCAGCUCAGCAUCCUCUGCAAAGUCAGAUCACACGUCUAUGGACAACACACUCGUCUCUUUCAAACUGGCUCCAUUGCCCAAGGUCCAACUCAAUACUUCGUCAGACUCUGGUGGUAGUGGGAAAAGAAAAAGGAAGAUUCAACUGGUGUCCAGCAACCGGGAUGAUCACAUUUCUCUGCCCCCACCUCCUGAACUGGGUUAUACAGUUACUGUUAAAGAUCUAGAUGAGGAGAAAAAGGCUGGUAUAAGUAAGAUACAGAAGGUCCUGGAGACACCUGCUCCAGAGCCUGAGAAGACUGUCUCCCCCUCAGCCACCACUUCCACCCUGCCUGCCCCCUCUGCUGGCUCUACUGCUACUGCUACAACUUCCACCACAACCUUGAGCAGCCUUCUGGCAGCUCCCUUGCCCACAUCUAGCUCUGCCACCCCAGUCAUUAACCUGGAUCCCAAUCCAGUGAGCAGUGCCGGUACAGUGCCUGCAGCCCCCAACCCACUGCUGGAGGCUUUGAAGAAAGCUAGUGCUCCUUCUCCCACAUCCGCUACCAGUGCAAGUUCAGUGUCUGUAUCAACCACACCCGCACAACCCAGUGUUUCAAUCCUAAAGGCAUCAACAACAGUGGCUUCCCCACAAAUCCCUGCAGUCUCCCAGUCCUCCUCUGCGUCUGUGCAGCAGUCCUCCGCCUUUGCUCAGGUCCUACUGGGUCAGGUCUCCCAGGCUGCCAGCAGCACCCCACCUAUGGCAAGCCUAUUUGGGGUGGCUAGUCAGGUCAGCGCCUCCUCUGCUUCCUCAACAUCUAACUCAACUGCUGUUACUGCAGCCCCAGCCAGCAGCUCUGCAUCAGUCAGUAACACCAACCCACUAAUGGCUUCAGGCUUUAAGCCCAUCUUUGCUGUAACCGCCACCACCACUUCAGCUACAUCAGCUUCAGAAAGCAAACCACCUGUCCAGAAUUUCAAACCCAUCUUUGGAGAUGCCACUGCGGCUACUGGCUUUGGACAGCCUCCAUCCCUUGCAAGUGCAAAGGCAGCCUCUACAAUUUCAAGCACAACCAGUACAGCCUCAGUAUUUGGUGGAUCAACAAGCAGCAACACAGCUGGCCCAUCUCUGUUUUCUGGCUCAACCACCACAGCUGGCACAUCCACAGGCUCCCUUCCCACUUCACAGCCUGCUCCACAGCCAGCUAUGAAAUCCCUAUUUGGAAACUGGAACACAACAUCUACAACAAGUACCACCAACUCAGCUUUGAAUCAGGCUCAGAAUGCUGUCGGCACAAUUCAGUUUGGAACUGCUACCACUACUACAGCAGCAGCCACGGCCCCAGCUCCAGGACCUGCUACUGCUUCAACCACAACCUCCAGCCAGGGUACCUUUGCAUUUGGUGCCACACAGCCAGAUGCUCAGGCUGCCAGCCAGAAAGUAUUUACAUUUGGCCAGACAGCACCCAAUCAGAACACAACCACUGCUUCAUUUGGAGGCUUUGCCAUGGGCAACACAGUUUCCACUGCUGCUCCUGCUACCACACAGUCAACCUGCAACUUUGGAAAGUCAUCUUUUGAAGCCCCAGCAGCUCAGACAACCUUUGGCUCCACAGCAGCAGCGCCAAAGCCAUUCACUUUUGGAGGCAGCGGCGCGUCAUCCACACCUGCUUCUAACCCUGCCCCAGCUCCUUUCAACUUUGGGGCAACUCCUACCACCACAGCAGCCACUUUUGGUACCCCAGCUAAACCAGCAUUUGGAGCCAGCACUGCUGGUUUUGCUUUCGGUGGCACUGCCGCUCCCUCAGCUGCACCCUCAGCUCCACCAAGUUUCGGUGCAGCAACCCAGGCUCAGAGCUCCUCCACACCCACCUUCGGAUUUGGCAGUGCAGCUCCUCAGCCGGCUCCCUCUGGACCAGCUCAGCCAGCAUCCGGUGGAUUUAACUUUGGCUCUGGAAUGCCGUGCCCUCAGUUUGGAACACCAGUUUCCAAUAAUCCUGCACCACAGAUGGGAAGCUUCAACUUUGGGGCUGCUGCUACAGACAAACCAGCUUUUGGAACGUCAACACCAUCUUUUGGCCAGAGUGCUGCUGGAGGUCCAAUUCCCUUUGGAAGUCCUGGAACUCCACUCCAAGGCUUCAAUGCUGUUCAGUUUGGAUCUCCAGCAACUCCUUCCUUCUCAAUCGGAGCUGGAUCGAAAACAUCCGGAGCACGGCAGAGGCUGCAGGCGAGGCGACAACACAACAGGAAGAAGUAGCCUGCCACGUCGUUCCAACAACGCAUUCGGAAGGACUCCAGCUGUUGCUGCUAUGGCUAACCUGGCUAACAUUGCUCUGUUCUAAGCCCAACAUCCCACCCCAUCAGGCUACCACCAUGCCCUCUGCUUCCUCCCUCUCCUCCUCCAGUGGGUUGUGCUGGCCCGAAGUUUGCAGACGAGUUAGAUAGAGCACAUUAGCCUACUGAGUCCAUGACCCAGUGAGGGAAUGCAGCAGUAAGGAGAGAGAAACCACAAUUAUGUACUAUACUUGAAAGAGAAAAGACUAUUUGAUAGAUGCUGAACAUAAGCAUAUCCAAAGUUCUUUUUCCUUUUACCAUACACGGACACUCCCAUUGGUUCGUCUUAAGGAGAAAGUUGAGUCGAGCUAAAGGUGGAGCUGCGGCUCAGACAUUUAUUUUUUUACGUGAAACGCUCGCUGGUUUGUAUGUUACCUGGAUAUUUGAAUACAUUCUCUGACUGAGUCUGAAUGGGAUGAAAUGCACAGUCAAUUCAGAUAAGGUACACAACACUGCAGUGUAAAUGUAAAGUUUGCAUUUAAAUUAUUUUUUUAAUUGGCUCUCUGACCCUGUAAAUGAAUAAUGUGUUUCUGCACUUAAAAGGGUGACUUAGUAAAUGUCUUAACGUAGUUUGUGCAGACCCUUGUGUUCUUGUUUCGUACUCUUUGUCAUUGCAAGCAUUCCCAGAGUCCUCCUGUGGAUGGCCUUUUUUGAUAGUGAUUGCCAACUGAUUGAAUUAGCAGGUCAGUAUGUGAGUAGGAUGAGUACUCGACUAGCGCUGACAAACCAAAGCCAACUCUUCAGCUUGUUCCCUGUGAAAAGAAUCUUGAGACGAGAGUGUGCUUGUGUGUGUGUUUGUUGUGCCAGACUACCUCUCUUUGCGCCCAGGCACUGAAUCCUUGUUAAUUCACUGAAACGUAACAAAUCUGCUAGAAUCAGUUACAUUUUACCUUCAGCCUACCUGCUGUUAAUGCACAUGUAACUGUGAUAAAUGGUGAGUUUUUAAAUAUCUGCACAGCAACACAUCCCCACUUCAGAAAUGUCACUGCUACCUUAUGUCAGAUUUACUAAAAUUACAGUCUGUUCUAUUGGAUCUCUCACAGCGAUACAGGGAUUUUUUUUGUUUCGUUUUUGUUUUUAUUAUUAUUUUUGUUUUUGAGCAUGCAGCAAACAUGGACAGUAAAGCAGUUGAUGUCAGCUGUUUUAUUCAAAUGAUCUGUUCUCAGUAAUAAUCACCUCUUAUUGUGAAAAGUGAGCCGUUACCAGUUGGGUUUUGUGUUUGUUUUUUUGGGGGGGGGUGUCUGUCUUUGUUUCUUCUUUUUUCUUCUUUUUUUUUUUUAAAUUUUUUUUAUUUGGAUGGUCAAAUUUGAAUAAAUAAAAAUGUGAGUUGUGGAUGUUCCACAUUAAACCUUUAAAGAUCGCCAAAUUUUCUUCCCAAGAUGUGGAGGCUAUACUUCAUACUGUGUAUUAGCAGUAUGCUGUUUUUGUAGUGGAUAUACAAGUAUUGCUUAGUAAUGUUGCAGGAAGUUAAAGAGGACCUGUUAUGAUUGUUCUUAUUUUCUGUCAUGUAUAUACUGUUACAAUAGUGGAUCCUCGUAUUAAACUUGGCCAGAGUUUUGA